AUGCUGUGCACAGAGACACAGGCAACUAGUUGCUCUCUGGAUCUCUCUCUUGGUUUGGCACUUGACACUGACACUGUCACACGUACGCGACAGCCACCGGCCAUGUCCGCCGCGGCCACGGCGCCGCCGUGCCACAGCCGGCCGUCCCCUCUGAACCCCAACGCGAGGGCGAUGCCGAGCGCUGGCAAGCCCAACGCCGUCUCCACGAGGACGCACCUCGCCAACCUCGACCGCCUCCUCGUCCGCCCGCUGCCGCUCCUCCAGCCCAAGAAACUGCCGGCCGAGGAGCCCGGGGACGGGGAGGCCACCCCCGACGACCGCAGUGGCCGCAGCGGGCUCCUCAACGCGCUGAACCUGUCCACGUUCCUGCCCUUCACCCGCAAGCCCCCCGUGGACGAGAUGUCCCCCCGCAGCCUGGCGUACAUGCAACGCCUCCUAACGCUCUCACCGCGGCCGUCGCCCAAGGGCUCCAUCGCCGCCGAGUGGCGGAGGUACCAUGGCGAGGGAGGGUGGGAGGGCCUUCUGGACCCGCUCGACCAGAACCUGCGCCGCGAGAUCCUCCGCUACGGCGACUUCGUGCAGGCCGCGUACACGGCGUUCCACUCCAUGCCGGCGGCCGCGGCUGCGGCCUCGCACGGCCAGCACCGCACGCUCGUGCUCCCGGACCGCUCGUACCGCCCGACGAGGAGCCUGUUCGCCUCUUCAUCGCUGUCCAUCCCGCCGUGGGCGCAGCGGCGGUCGGCGCCCAGGUGGCUCACGCAGCGCUCCAGCUUCGUGGGCUACGUCGCCGUCUGCGACAACGAGCGGGAGGUGCAGCGCAUGGGCCGCCGCGACAUCGCAAUCGUGCUGCGCGGCACCGCCACGUGCCCCGAGUGGGCCGAGAACCUCCGCACCGGCCUCGUGCCGCUCACGGAGGACGACAACGCGUCGGCGCCAAAGGUGGCCAAGGGGUUUCUGAGCCUGUACAAGACGGCCGGUGACCACGUCCCCAGCCUGUCCGAUGCCAUAGUGGAGGAGGUGAAGCGUCUCGUGGAGUUGUACAAGGGGGAGGAGCUCAGCAUCACCGUGGUCGGCCACAGCCUCGGCGCGUCGCUGGCACUCCUCGCCGCCGACGAGCUCAGCGCCUGCCUCUCCACCAAUACGGAUCAUAGGCCGCCGCCCGUCGCGGUGGUCUCCUUCGGCGGCCCGAAGACUGGCAACCGCGCUUUCGUGGACCGUCUGCAGCGCGAGCGCGGUGUGAACGUGCUGCGCGUGGUGAACGCCGGCGACGUGGUGACGCGCGUCCCGGCGCCGAUCUCGCGCGAGGGGUACGUGCACGCGGGCGCGGAGCUGAGGCUGGACAGCCGCGACUCGCCGUGCCUGCGGCCCGACGCGGGGCUGGCGUGCUGCCACGACCUGGAGGCAUACCUGCACCUGCUCGACGGGUUCGCCGGCUCCGGCCAGCCGUUCCGCGCCGACGCGAGCCGCAGCGUGGCGCGGCUGCUGACGUACCAGCGGCCCAACGUGAAGCGCGCCUACGUGGAGCGCGCGAUGGUGCUCGGGUUCGAGACGGCCUCGCCGAGGACCGCCACGGCCAACGGGGCCGGCGCCGACGGCCAGUGCGGCUACUUGGCCAGCCCCACAUGACUGAUCUCCUCGAACUGUCGUAUACAUGCAUGCAAGCAUUCUCGUGUGCUACUGCGUGGAGUAAUUCCAAGACUAACAAAAGUGUCUGCACGAGUUUCUUGAUGUGCAAACUCCUGUUGUGUACUGAAUGAUCGAGUCAGCCAGCGCAUCCGCUGAACAAUGGAUGGACGAACGCAUCGCUUGACAAGAUCCACACUAGUUAA